UGCGAAGUGACACUGGACUAGGGGACUCCGGGAAUAUUGACAGGUGAACACCAGGGGUUUCCGGUUAAAUUUGUUUUGAAAUUUUUGAAAGCUAGGGCGAGAGAUUGGCAGACAUGUCCACGCUGUUCCCCUCUCUCUUCCCCCGGAUAACGGAGUCCCUGUGGUUCAACCUCGACCGACCCUGUGUGGACGAGACCGAGCUGCACCAGCAGGAGCAGCAGCACCAAACCUGGCUGCAGAGCAUUGCUGAGAAAGACAACAACCUGAUGCCCAUUGGGAAACCUAUUUUUGAGGCAGGAUAUGAUGAAGAGGAAGAAGAGGAUGACGAGGAUGAGGAGGACAGCGAGGAAGACUCGGAAGACGAAGAAGACAUGCAGGACAUGGACGAGAUGAAUGAUUACAACGAGUCACCCGAUGACGGCGAAAUCAAUGAGGUUGACAUGGAGGGACCAGAUCAAGACCAAGACCAAUGGAUGAUUUAAGACAAAAGACAAUUUUAGUCUCCAUCAAGCUGUCUGGCACUGGAUUUCUACUCCCUUAAAACAUGUCUGAUUCCCCUUCAGUCUGUGACACAGAUAUAUUUUUUUAUUUGUGCAAACAGGAAAAUAAUAUAAUCGCAAAAGUCAAAGCUUGCAUCAUGAUGUAUUCAGAGGGAGGUUGGGUGAAGCCAGCAAAAAGUACUUUCAAGCUGCAAUUGGCCUUUGAAGGCUCUGGACAACUUACAAUCACUCUCACACACACACACACACACACACACACACACACACACACACACACACACACACACACACACACACACACACACACACACACACACACACACACACACGGUCCUGCUGUUUUGUAACCAGUGAGGCACACCCCCACACAGUGGAAGCAGUAGGCAUCAGCCAAGUGAUCUUUCAUUAAAACAUUGACCUUGUUGUAUCUUCAGUCAUGUGCUACUUCACAGAGAGCCUUUAAAAGCUGACCGAGCUCAACCAACUGUUCAGUCAGCUAAAUAAUUAGUCACCUAUGAAGGAGACUGACAGAUACUUCACCACCAUAUUGUACAAUUCUGUUUGAAAGUGUUCAGUAUGCUGCUAAUCUUUUGUUAAAGAUAUAUUCCCAGUGGGAUCUUCAUGAAAGUUUGUGAAACCGUAUUAUGUUCAUACAAUGCAUCCGUUUUGCAUUUUCAUGUUUGUUAACUAUGUCAAUGGUCAAAGCAACCGUUCCUUUUGAAUUUGGAUGGACACUGUGUGUAUUCAAUUGACAUUGACGUUCUUCAUUCUUGGAUCCUUUAACUUAAAGGAUUGCUUACCAAGGCUUUGAUUAUUUGUACUAAAAUGAAUGGAAGCCUUAAUUCUUUUUAUAUUAAAUGAAAUAAUUUUGAUGAAA